CCCCCCUAGCCUCGAAGCAUAGGAGAGACCCGGCGAUAUCUGCAGUGCUAUUACUCUGGUUGCUAUGCCUUUUUGAGUUCUGAGCCGUGCAAGCCAAGCUGAUUUUGUGACUAUUGGUACUUGACAGGAUGUGAAUAGGGAAUAAAAUGGCACCACAGAACGAAAAAAGCUCCCUCAAGCGUGGCAGAGCCUCCGCCGAUAAUGAUUCACAAGAUCUUAAAAAGCCACGACGCUCCGAGAGGAACAAUCCCCAAAGCAAAGCACAGGCUUUAGACGAUCAGUCCUAUUUGCCUACACCCUUGACCCAACGAGAUUCAACUGCCACAGACAUCGAAAAGGAGACGACUGCUACACCAGAUGAGCCUGGCCGAAAAUUACAUCGGCGGACACCUUCAGAUUCGGAACUCCCUCAAGAUAGUUCAUCACCUCCUAGCGAUACACAAGCCCUUUCUCAAUUUGUUUACCCCCCUAGAGCAUUUGCCGAUGAAGUCGAAGACGAAGCUGCAGAGGGAGUCUGGGGAUACCUUCUUCCGCUUGAUGAUAAGGUCCGCCGUCCUCUGGUACUGAGGAAACGCGGAGGAUGCGAGGAGCGCAAAUCCGCAGCAUCUACGACAAACUCCAAGAAAGGGUCCGCGAAAACGAGUGCGGGUUCCGUUAGUAAACAAAAGAAUUCACCUAGCGGCUACCUAAUAGGCCGACACCCUGAAUGCGACCUGGUGAUAAACAUUCCUACUGUGUCGAAUCGACAUGCUUUGGUAUUUUCCGAAAAUAGGAAAGGCGAUGCCGUUGCCUUUCUCCAGGAUCUCUCCACUAAUGGUACUUUUGUCAAUGAUGCAAUGGUGGGCCAAAAUAAACACCGUGAACUUGAAGAUGGCGAUGAGGUCACCAUCCUAGAUGAAGCACGUUUUGUUUUCAGAUAUCCUCGGACACGAGACACCAAUCGUUUCCGCCAACAAUAUAGGCUUCUGCAACAGCUUGGGAAAGGCCAUUUCGCCACAGUCUACCUUUGCGUAGAACGGUCUACGGGGGCUCAGUAUGCCGUGAAAGUUUUUGAGAAACGUUCUGGUGACUCGCAGCGCUCCCAGAACGAAGUUCUUCAUCAGGAAAUCGGUAUCUUGAAGGGCGUCAGUCAUCCGAAUCUGCUUUGCCUCAGAGAUACAUUCGAUGAAAGCGACGGCGUUUAUCUUGUCCUGGAACUCGCUCCAGAAGGCGAAUUGUUCAAUUUGAUUAUCAGCCGGCAGAAAUUCUCAGAAAGUGAGACUCGUUGCAUCUUUGGCCAAUUGUUUGAGGGGCUGAAGUAUUUGCACGAUCGAGGUAUCAUUCAUCGUGACAUUAAACCUGAAAAUAUUCUGGUCGCGGACAAAGAAUUGACAGUGAAACUUGGUGAUUUUGGAUUAGCCAAGAUUAUCGGUGAAGACUCGUUUACUACCACACUAUGCGGCACACCAACCUGUGAGUCUUCUAAUCCGCUCGAAAGCCAGAAAAUUAAUACUGAUUCUGUAGAUGUCGCGCCAGAAAUACUACAGGAGCGGCGCUAUCGGAAAUACACAAAGGCUGUGGAUGUCUGGUCUCUCGGGGUCGUCUUAUACAUAUGCCUUUGCGGAUUUCCCCCAUUCUCUGACGAAUUAUACACACCUGAGCACCCGUACACUUUAGCACAGCAAAUACAACAAGGGAGCUUCGACUAUCCGUCUCCGUAUUGGGACACUGUGGGUGAUCUGGCAUUGGAUCUGAUAGACCGAAUGCUCACAGUUAACGUUGACGACCGAAUUACGGUGGAUGAAUGCUUAGAGCACCCAUGGAUCACAGGAAAGCAGCCUAGUGUUUCUGACAGCACAGACGGCCUGACUGGGGCUUUGGGAAAGCUAGACUUCUCAAAAAGAAAGCUAGCGCGCGAAAGGACACUUCUCAGCAAUAUCAAUGAUGUUGGCUACAGUGAACAUGAGCAGAAAAGUGGUGCUCCUGUCAAAGUUUUCCACAAAAACAAUGCUGGGAAACGUGUUCACAACCAUCCAGCAAAGAAUGCACAAGAGCGUGAAGUAUCCCCUAACGAGAAAAGUGCCCCGAAUAACUUCGCCAACCUUGGAGAACAAGGUGAUCCAGUUUUGUUCGAUGACAACCUGAAAAAUGGGCGUAACUGAAGAGAAGAUAGCCUUCUGCAACUGAAGAUUCUCUGAAGCCAUCGACUUGAGUAUGUGGACCGUGGCAGAAACCAAGGUCGGGUUAAGUGUAUUUCUCAGGGACUGUCGCUUCCUUGGCUGGGUGACAUUAGCGCGCUUUACAAGUACUUGAAGGCAUAGGCAUAAGUCUACUCUACUCUCUAAUCGACUUUUAAUACCUAGAGUAAUAAUAGCCUGAGUUGACAGUCUACAGCAUACAUAGACUUGGGAGCUUCACCUCGUAAACACACUAGCUUUCAAUUACUAACC